AUGUUCAGACUUCUUCUCCGUUCAUCACAUCCGCCCUCUUUAACGCGGUAUUUUCAUACUCAGCGCCCUAUUCAGGCAGGGCACAACAAAUGGUCUAAAAUCAAGGACAAAAAAGGUGCCAAUGACGCACAGAAAAGCGUUCUCUAUACCAGAAUGAAUCGAGAAAUUAUCAAUGCUGUUAAAGUCGGCGGCUCUGCAGACCCAGAGAAGAAUUCAAUGCUCGCAACGACAUUGAAGAAGGCAAGAGAACAGGGGGUUCCUAAGGAUAAUAUAGAAAAGGCACUCGCAAAGGCUGCAGGAGGCAAAGAUCAAACGGGUGAACGCAUUGUAUACGAGGCGCUUGCAUUUAAGUCUGUGGGGAUCAUCAUUGAAUGCGUCACCGACAACAUCAAUCGCACAAUUCACAACGUACGAGAAGUUCUGACUGCUCAUGGCGCACACAUGACGCCUGUUAAUUUCAUGUUCAAUCACGUAGGCUGCUUGACAGUCGAAGUAGUAGACGAGGCGGGAGAUGGAGACUUCAGCAAAUUCGAAGAAUUUGUGCUAAAUCUUGAUGUCAUUGACUUAAAGCAAGACAAUUCAUCAAACCUGGGUGGGGUUUUCAGGGUAUAUUGCCAACCAUCGAAUUUAGCUGAACUUCAAACCGCUAUCGAAAAUAAAAAGGCAUCCGGAAUAACACUACGAUCAUCAGAACUAACGUACGUUCCAGUGGAUAGCUCGCCAGAUGGCGGAGAAUUGCAAAAUCAGGUACAAGAGCUUGUCCAGGACCUCGAGGAUAUCGAGGAUAUAACCAAGGUCUGGACAACACAAGAUUCGUCAUAG